AUGGCUACGGUGCUAGAAGUGAUCGAGGCCCGUUUGGGCAUUGGAGCGAGCCCGGUGGCAAAUUUGGUCCAUGGAGCAACGGUGAACGAAUUUAUGGUUCGUAUAGUCAUCGGGGAGGACAUAACGGAUGGAGUCAUCAUCGAGGUGUGUACGGCUCAUGGCGCUGAUAUGAAUGUCUUCGCCAUGGCGCGGCAACUGCUCCCUUAUCAUUCAUCCAUGUUGGGAAAUGAAUGA